CAGUGGUUCAGUUUGGCUCGCAACAUCAACGGAGAUGGUUGGAUUUUCUUCACGUCGUUAGUUUGGCGGUGGACGGUUGUGGCUGUGGUAUUUCCCUCUUUUUUGCGAUUCUUUUCUGUUUUCCCAAGUCAUCUCGCACUACAUCUUACUUACCGGUUAGUACCAGUUUCAGUGCAGAGAAUAAGUUCAAUAACUUAACAAGCAAAGCGGAGGUACAAAGAUUAGCCUCCAAGUCUGCUACAUAUGCAGCGAGAAGAAAAAGUGCGCCCAAGUUGUGGAUAUUCAAGUCACCAUCAACGACCGGAAGUGGAAGUCAUCAGCCAAGAGAGAAAAGUGAAUAAACGUAGGAAAAACUAAACGAGCUCACGUUCAAUAAGCGUAUAUGCUUUUGUGCGUCCGGGUUCGGGUCGGAAAAUUCGUUUUGUCGUAGCUAACAACGCAGGGUGUUGUGCCAUUCGUGUCAUGUGACUGAAGCCACAUUUUACGUCGGAACCAGUCAAUCAAUGAUAUCAAUUCAAUGUUCAGUUUUUAAUCGGUUGCCAGUUCGUUGACGCAUCGAGCGAACAGCAUAAAUACAGUGCCAAUAUAGUGCAAACGAAAACUGUACCGAGUGUGAAUUCACAAGCAGUUAGAACGGGUGUUGACGGGCUGAGACCUUCUUCUACAUUCCUUACGGGUGCAUUGCUGUCGAUAUCAACAGGUGGUCCAACGAUUUUUUUUUGUUCGACGAAAGUAGAGUACUUCUGGAGAAUUGUUUUUUUUUUUGUGUUAUCAGCCUGAACGGUCGCUACUACGGUGCUAAUCGAUAUUGGUUAAUUGGAAGUGUCCUUGUUACCGCUUUAAAUCAUUCGUUGAUUGAGGACAGGCGAAAAACAUAGGCGUAAAUCAAUUCUAACGGUUAUUGCUGUAAUCGGCAAUAAUUUUCGUCUAGCAUGGAUCCAUUGAGUAUCGGUUCCAGUGUCCUGAGCUUGCACCAACGAGAAAAUACUGAACAGAACAAAGAUGAUGCAUUCCAGGAAAUAAUAGUUAGCUGUCGAUCGCUUAGCAAGUACGAAACCGGGCUCCGUUCAGCAUUUCCCCAGAUAUACUCGGCCAUCAUAGCGGCGGCGUUUCACGUCGUGAUCGGUAUCUCGCUGGCCUACUCGGCGAUCCUAAUCCCACAGCUCGAGGAUCCCAACAGCGACGUAUUGGUGUCGAAGGCCCAAUCCUCAUGGAUCGCGUCGAUCAUCGUCAUUAUGGUACCCAUCGGGUCCCUGGUUGCGGGAGUACUAAUGGAGUUCCUUGGUCGGCUGAACACCAUCAAACUGGCAGCCGUCCCGUGCAUUCUGGGCUGGAUUGCGAUUGCCUGUGCCAAUAACUUCACCUGGAUUAUGGUCGGUCGGGUACUGACCGGGUUUGCGUGUGCCAUAGGAACGAGUCCUGCGAUCGUGUACAUCACGGAGGUGUCACGACCCGACAUGCGAGGAUCACUCAUUUCAUCUGGUCCGACUAUUGCCUCGCUGGGCAUGGUGAUCGCGUACACCAAGGGUGCUUUCCUUAACUGGCGAUUGGUCGCAUGGAUCAACAUAAUUUAUACUAUAGUUCCUGUCUUGCUAAUCCAACUGUUGGUACCUGAAUCUCCCGUUUGGCUGGUUUCCAAGGGACGCAUUGAGGAUGCCGCUCGGUCGCUUAAAUUUCUGUACAAAAAGUAUCCACAACCCGAUCAUACGGAUCAACCAUUAUCCGAAAUGCAUUUGAACUCUUUGAUCAAGGAGCGAGAAUCAAAGAUAAGAGAGGCGGAGAAAAACCUCGAAGCAAACCAAUCAAAGUUCCGUGGUUUUCUGAAGCCCACCGGGUACAGACCGAUGUUCAUUCUGUUUUGGUUCUUCCUGAUUCAACAGUUCAGUGGGAUCUAUAUCACGCUGUUCUUCGCAGUUACCUUCAUGCAAGACGUCGGUACGGAAGUGAACGCAUACAUGGCUUCUAUAUUUGUGGGGCUGACUCGAUUCCUGAUGUCCCUAUUAAAUGCAUGGCUUUUGAAGAAAUUUGCGCGAAGGCCGCUGGUGAUGGUGUCCACCACAGGAAUGGCCAUCUGUAUGUUUGUGUCUGGGUGGUUCACCAUGUGGAUCAAGGAAGGGACCACAACGUUUACCUGGGUCCCUGUAGUGUGUUUAUUGCUGUAUGUGUGUGCCUCCAUGAUCGGAUUGCUGACAAUCCCCUGGACUAUGACGGCGGAACUAUUCCCGACAGAAAUCAGAGGAAUUGGUCACUCCCUAUCAUACUCCAUGGCAAAUUUGUUGAUGUUCUUCGCAGUUCAGAGCUACCGAUCAAUGACUGACAUUUUGGGAGGCGCACAUGCGGUCCAGUGGGUGUUUGCAGCAGUGUCCGUUGUGGGCUUCCUAUUUGCCCUAAUCUUCCUACCGGAAACGCACGGGAAGAGUUUGGCUCAAAUCGAAGCGUACUUCGCGGGAGACAAAAAGCGAAACCCACAACUCACCGCCACAAUACAACAAAGCAAUAUGGGUCAUCGCAGGGCAACGGAGCAUCUGAUCAAGAGUCCCAGUUCCGCCUCAUUCAAAUUGAAGGAAGCGGAAGUGCUGCUUAUGAAGCACAAAGAAGUUGCCUAAAAAGUUUAGGUGCAGUAGUUUUAAACAGUGACAGAGAGGUAUAUUUAGCACACUGCUACUUAUUUUGAUGCCAGAAUUUUUUAUGAUUGUACGUGUGAUAAGUGUACUUAAGAUGAAGACGAAGUUUUCGCAACUUUUCAUAUUACUGUAGAUAACGCACGCGAUCGUAGCAGAACAAACAAACAAAGUAUUAAAACUAACGAAAACUGAACACCCACGGUUAUUUAUUGUACAAUAUGGAUAGGAGCACAAGCUAGAAUCGCUGUCAUAGAUAGUUAUUUUAACAAAAUAUCAGAGAGCUUCGUGACUUACACCGAUGAAGGGUCUGAAACUAUACUUUAAGGCACCGAUUUACAAUUUCAGCACGAUGAAGUAAUCAUUUUUUUCGUGAUUAUUAUUUCUAGCCCAUUGUGAUAUGAUUUCCCAUAAAUAUGUUCAUGCCGUGAUUAGCAACCAAGUGUACUUCUAUUGACGAACAAACGAAAUCGCACUGAUCCAUUCAGUUAUACCCAAUGAUAAAGUGCUAUACUAUAAGUGCUUUACAGUGCAUAUGUAAGAAAAAAAACUAAUCGAAUAUUGCAGCGCACUACAGACAAUUCCUAGAGGUAGAUGUUUGAAAAUGAUGCUUUCGAGAACUGGAAUACAAUGUUAAAAGUACAAUAAAACUCAAAUAGAACAACA